CCUUCUACAGGAGAGGAGGCUUCAGUUCCCACAUGGAUGAGGCGACGAACUCUCGGUGGAACCUAUUGGCCGAGUGCAUAGGGAGAGGAUUGCCGGGCUUCAAGCGCUCACCCAACGCGACCAAUGCUUGGCCGAACAGGCGCCCAAUGAUGCAAGUACUUCGUCUGGGGGCUGCGUACAAGGCCUAUCACAAUCUCAUCAGCAGGCUGAAAGGAAGGAGCAAGACUUCGGAAAAUUUGUUACGUCUGAGCGACUCUGUUUUCAUCGAGCCAGACCAGCUGUUCUUCGUGCUCUACGGAUGGAGCCUUUGCAAUGGAGACGGCGCGCCUGAGAGGAGCAUCGCCCGUGAACGCCCAACUCGAUGGAGUAUUCAACACCUUCUCGAGAACAACCGGGCAUUUCAAAGUGCAUUCCGCUGCCCUAUGGUCGGCAACUCCACCGCAUGUCUUGCGAGCUUUCUAUGAUGCCAAGACAGCCGAAGAUCUCAAGUCCCAGAAUACGAAAUGGUUCGGCGAUAAAUGUUAACUGCUUGAAUUUCAUCAAAUAUACAUUCAUACUGUCACGUAACAGUUAAUCGACGAUUGUGGAGCAAGGCAUAAAAGUAAAAGGCAGACGUAACUUUCUUUGUCGAGUUCGCUUGUCAGUUGCCUUUCGUGCUUCUUCAUUAAAUGAUUUUGGCGAAACUUUAGCUAUUAACAUUUUGAUACUAUCUCGCCACCAUGUUGUGUUAUCCAACAUCCCCUGAACAA